AUGUUGGAUCUCAGCAUGCUAGACCGGCUCGUCAAGAAGCUCAUCGGUGGCGACGAAUUCUAUGGCCUCCAUGACCCCGAAGCAAUUAUUGCAAGGGGACGGGAACUCGAUCGCAAGCACAGCUACAUGUACGGCAACUCCUACGAGAAAGAAGCCCGCAAGAAGGCGGCAGAAAUAAGUGCAGGAAUCGCAAAUAAUGAUGAUGGUGGUAGUGCGGGAUGGAGCAGCUAUGCGCGUUAA